AUGCCUACUCCAAUCCGAGCGCCCUAUGCCGACGUCCUCGUCAGUCAGUCCACCAGCCCCUUACGAAGCCCCGCCGCCGCCGCUAUCGGCGGCACCGCCCUCGCCGCCCAUGGCGAAAAGGCCGAGGCGUUGAUCGAGAAGGUUCGUGUAGAGAAGAACCGUCUGCCGGUCUAUGAAGGCUUGCCCGAACACUUCGUCCUCAUCGAGAAAAUGGGAGAUGGAGCGUUCUCGAACGUCUACAAAGCACUCGAUAAACGUACCUCGCAGAAGGUGGCCAUCAAGUGUGUGAGGAAAUUCGAGCUCAAUCGAAACCAGGAAGGUAAGCAUUUGAAUGCGGAGUUGAAGAAGAAACCGCGUGCCAUCGAGCGUGCAAAUAUCCUCAAAGAAGUAUCAAUCAUGCGGACAUUGAAUCAUCCCAGUAUCAUCAAGCUCAUCAGCUUCACAGAGUCUAAGGAACACUAUUUUCUGAUCUUGGAGUUAAUGGAAGGUGGUGAACUUUUCCACCAAAUAGUCAAGCUGACAUAUUUCUCAGAGGAACUAGCACGGCAUGUGAUUUUACAAGUAGCGCGAGGGAUCCGAUACUUGCAUGAAGAGAAGGGCGUGGUGCAUCGGGACAUCAAGCCUGAGAAUCUGUUAUUCGAGGCGAUCCCGAUCGUUCGCUCGAAGCAAGCGAAACAUCGUCCAUACGAUGAAGAGAAAGAGGACGAGGGUGAGUUCUUGCCGAACGUGGGUGGCGGCGGGAUCGGCCAGGUGAAGAUCGCGGACUUCGGCUUGAGCAAAAUCGUCUGGGCCGAUCAGACUGCCACUCCUUGUGGAACAGUUGGCUACACCGCCCCGGAAAUCGUCAAAGAUGAACGGUACUCUAAGAGCGUUGAUAUGUGGGCUAUGGGCUGUGUCUGUAUACUUUAUUAUGUGGCUUCCCCCCAUUCUUUGACGAGUCGAUUCAAGUAUUGA